AUGCUGGCUAUCAGGAGUCUUUUUAGAAAUAACGCGCAACUAAUCAAAAAUGUCGCUCAACAGAGGAACAUGAGCGCGAUCGCCGUGCCGGCCAGGUCUAAAGUUAGCAAAGGCGAGGUGAUCUUUCUGGCCGGUCUUAUGUUCGUCGGCUGGUGCGCAGUCCCUGCCUGGGUGUUGGUGAACUUGAAACAUUACCGUGACAAGGAA